AUGCUCCUGGCCUCGGCCGUGGUGGUCUGGGAAUGGCUGAACGAGCACGGCCGCUGGCGUCCCUACAGCCCGGCCGUGAGCCACCACAUUGAGGCGGUGGUCCGCGCGGGUCCCCGCGCCGGGGGCAGCGUGGUGCUGGGCCAGGUGGACAGCCGUCUCGCGCCCUACAUCAUCGACCUGCAGUCCAUGAACCAGUUCCGCCAGGACACGGGGACCCUCCGCCCAGUUCGCCGCAACUACUACGACCCGUCCUCGGCCCCCGGCAAGGGCGUGGUGUGGGAGUGGGAGAACGACAACGGUUCUUGGACGCCCUAUGACAUGGAAGUGGGCAUCACCAUCCAGCACGCCUAUGAGAAGCAGCACCCCUGGAUCGACCUCACUUCCAUCGGCUUUAGCUACGUCAUUGACUUCAGCACCAUGGGCCAGAUCAACCGGCAGACCCAGCGCCAACGCCGCGUCCGCCGGCGCCUGGAUCUCAUCUACCCCAUGGUCGCCGGCACCCUGCCGAGGGCCCAGUCCUGGCCGGCCAGCCCCGCGUCGGCCGCCUCGCCCGCCGCCCCGCCCUGCUCCUGCCCGCAGUGCGUUCUGGUGAUGAGCAUCAAGGCGGCCGUGGCCGACGGGGGUACCGGGCCCCUGCAGCCCCCAGCGGCCCGCAAGAACAUGACCCCACCUGGAGCGGUCAAGCUGCCCCCGCCGCCAGGUCCCGGGGCCAAGCCACUGGACAGCACGGGCACCGUCCGAGGGCCGGGGAAGACUGUCCCAUCGCAGGCGAUCCGGCGACAGGCCUCCAGCACGCCGGCGGGGGUGACGGCGGGCUCUCCCGCCAGUCCCCCUGGAGCCAACGGCAAGACCGGAAGGGUGGCCCUGGCGACCUUAAAUCGGACCAACCUGCAGCGACUGGCCAUUGCCCAGUCCCGGGUGCUGAUCGCCUCUGGGGUCCCCACCGUGCCAGUGAAGAACCUAAAUGGGUCCAGUCCUGUGAAUCCUGCCUUGGCAGGAAUCACUGGGAUUCUCAUGAGCGCCGCGGGGCUGCCUGUGUGUCUCACCAGGCCCCCAAAGCUGGUCCUCCACCCACCCCCGGUCAGCAAGAGCGAAAUCAAAUCCAUCCCAGGGGUUUCCAACACGAGCCGCAAGACUACCAAAAAACAAGCCAAGAAAGGUAAAACCCCUGAAGAAGUGUUGAAGAAGUAUCUGCAGAAAGUCCGGCACCCGCCAGAUGAGGACUGCACCAUCUGCAUGGAGCGCCUCACGGCCCCCUCGGGCUACAAGGGCCUGCAGCCAACAGUCAAGCCUGACCUGGUGGGCAAGCUGUCCAGAUGCGGCCACAUCUACCACAUUUACUGCCUGGUCGCUAUGUACAACAAUGGCAACAAGGAUGGAAGUCUGCAGUGUCCAACCUGUAAGACCAUUUAUGGAGUGAAGACAGGCACCCAGCCUCCGGGGAAGAUGGAGUACCACCUCAUCCCUCACUCCCUGCCUGGCCACCCCGACUGCAAAACCAUCCGGAUCAUCUACAGCAUCCCUCCUGGCAUUCAGGGGCCAGAACACCCGAAUCCUGGGAAGAGUUUCAGCGCCCGUGGCUUCCCACGACACUGCUACCUUCCGGACAGCGAGAAAGGGAGAAAAGUGCUGAAGCUGCUGCUCGUGGCCUGGGAUCGCCGCCUCAUCUUUGCCAUCGGUACCUCCAGCACCACAGGCGAGUCAGAUACCGUCAUCUGGAACGAGGUCCACCACAAGACAGAAUUCGGCUCUAAUCUCACAGGUCACGGCUACCCAGACGCCAAUUACCUGGAUAAUGUGCUGGCUGAACUGGCUGCCCAGGGCAUUUCGGAGGACAGCACUGCCCAGGAGAAGGAUUGA